UGUCCACUCAUAUUGUACCUUGUCACACAAAAAUACAAAAAAUCAAUCCUAUUUAAGGGUUUGUGUGUCCUUCCAUAACACAUUUCCUCCUCAUCUUCACUUUGGAAUAAUCCAAAGGACCACCGUCAGCACCAUCACCAUCACCACCACCACCACCAUCAUCAGUAUCACCUGUUCUUUCAAAAAGGAAAGAUGGUAAGGCCUGAAUCACAUAACUUUAUGCAUGUUAUUCUUUUUUUAGCCCGAUCAUGUAAUAUCAAACUAGAAACAGACAGAUGAUCCGUGAGAGCAACACCAAGUUGGUUCUCUGUCUUUCUCUCUACACAUUCCAUGAGACAAAGGGUGCAACCUUUCUCAUACGUCUUUCUAGUUGUGGCUUAAUCUUUCACGUUUUCCAAUCUGCAGUUCCGUUCAAGGGUUUGAAUCUAUAGCAUUGCACAUGGUGCUCCUCCAAAGAGGCUAAAGUUUUCUCUACCUGUUAUAUAUAAAGAUGGAAGUAAAGCAACCAAUGUUCCUGACCGCAUACAACAACUUAUAUGGGAGUGCAUCGAGUACCGAAAACAACAAAGAUCGGAACAGGAAAACGAGGAAAGAAAAGGGAUGGGAGGAUGAAGAACCCUUGAACUUACGGAACUUGUCAAAGGUCAUAAUCCCUCCGUUGGGUGCUUCAUCAAAUUAUCCGCAACACCAUAUUCAUUCCAAAUCCACCAUGAUCAUCUCUCCUACAGACUCCAAAUACAGGUGUUGGCAGACAUUAAUGGUGGCAAUGGUGGCAUAUUCAGUUUGGACAUACCCCUUUGAAGUCGCCUUCCUCAAAUCCUCUGCGCAAUCACGGAAGCAACUCCUCAUCGCUGACUUUAUCGUCGAUCUCUUCUUUGCCGUCGACAUUAUUUUGACAUUCUUCGUUGCUUACAUUGACCCUACCACUCAUCUCCUUGUUCGUGACUCUAAAAGCAUCGCCACCAGGUAUAUAUCGACAUGGUUUCUGAUGGAUUUGGCAUCCACGUUGCCGUUCGACUUGAUAUCGUACUUGUUUACCGGCCACCACGUGAGUCUCCCGUAUUCCAUAUUGGGUUUGCUCCGUUUCUGGCGUCUCCGCCGCGUGAAGCAAUUUUUCACUAGGCUUGAGAAGGACAUACGAUUCAACUAUUUCUGGGUCAGAUGUGCGAGGCUUCUUUGUGUGACGCUAUUUUUGGUGCAUUGUGCUGGUUGCAUCUACUACUUGCUAGCAGUGUUGUAUCCACAUGAUGGAAGGACAUGGAUCGGGUCAAUGAACCCGAAUUUCAGGGAGGCGGAUAUUUACAUUCUGUACAUAUCCGCCAUAUAUUGGUCUAUAACCACCAUGACCACCGUCGGCUAUGGUGAUCUCCACGCCGAGAACGCGGCGGAGAUGGUGUUUAUCAUCUUCUACAUGCUUUUCAAUCUUAGCCUUACCGCCUACAUUAUCGGCAACAUGACCAAUUUAGUAGUCGAAGGCACUCGUCGCACCAUGGAAUUCAGAAACAGCAUUGAAGCAGCAUCGAGUUUUGUGGUGCGGAACCGGUUGCCAACUAGGCUUAAAGAGCAAAUUCUGGCAUACAUGUGCUUAAGAUUCAAGGCCGAGAGCUUGAAUCAACAACAAUUAAUCGAGCAGCUCCCGAAAACCAUAUGCAAAAGCAUUAGACAGCAUUUAUUCAUGCCAACGCUCGAGAGAGUUUAUCUGUUCAAUGGUGUAUCCAGAGAAAUUCUCUUGCUUCUGGUUGCGGAUAUGAAAGCCGAAUACAUACCGCCAAGAGAAGAUGUUAUAAUUCAAAAUGAGGCACCUGAUGAUGUGUAUAUAAUCGUAUCGGGUGAAGUAGAAAUCAUAGAAUGUGAUCCGAUGGAGAAAGAACAAGUCUUGGGUGUUCUACGAUCAGGUGACAUGUUUGGAGAAGUUGGUGCACUUUGCUGCAGGCCACAGUCUUUCACCUACCGAACCAAGAUCCUAAGCCAGCUCUUGCGGCUCAAAACCACCGCUCUCAUUGAAGCCAUGCAGACAAAACAGCCCGACAAUGUGUCCAUCCUCAAGAACUUUCUUCAGCAUAACAAGAAGCUUAAAGAUCUGGACUUGGGGGACUUGUUGUUGGAGGGCGGUGAAGAGGGUGUCGAUGGAGAUCCGAACAUGUCAAUGAACUUGCUCACUGUUGCCGGCACCGGCAAUGCUGCUUUUCUAGAUGAACUUCUAAAGGCAAGACUUGAUCCCGAUAUCAGCGACUCAAAAGGAAGAACCCCUUUGCACAUUGCAGCAUCAAAAGGGCAUGAAGAAUGUGUUUUGGUUCUUCUAAAGCAUGCAUGCAACAUACAUCUUAGAGAUAUGGAUGGUAAUACUGCAUUAUGGGAUGCCAUAGCAUCAAACCACCAUUCAAUAUUUCGAAUUCUAUACCACUGGGCUUCCAUUUCGGACCCCUUUACAGCCGGUGAGCUCUUGUGCGCUGCUGCAAAGAGAAACGAUCUAUCGGUCAUGAAAGGCCUCUUAAAACAUGGCCUGCUCGUAGAUUCAAAGGACCACCAUGGAUCAACGGCUAUCCAAAUCGCAGUGUCGGAAAACAACAUAGAAAUGGUGAAGCUACUCGUGCUUAACGGGGCCGAUGUGAACGAUCACACAAUCAAGAACAAGAUCCCAGCAGAGAAUUUGAAGGAUUAUGUUGCAAAAAGAGAAGUUGGACACCAGAUCACGGUGCCGGAUCAAGAUCUGGUGACGAAGGCCGCCUCUUCUGGUGGCCGGAUAAGGGAGGAGAAGGUAGAGAGGGGUAUUUUGGGAAAAUCACAAGGACAAUUUGUUGGUAGAGUUAGUAUAUACAAAGGGCUUCCUAUGGUAAGGAGGAAGAUUAGUUGUACAGAUGCUGGGAAACUUAUUAAGCUGCCAAGUUCACUGAUGGAGCUCAAGAUCAUUGCAGGUGAAAAAUUUGGAUUUGAUGCUACAAAUUCAGUAGUUACAGAUGAAGAUGGAGCAGAAAUUGACACCAUUGAAGUGAUUAGAGAUAAUGACAAGCUUUUUAUAGGAGAAAUACCUUGAUGGUUUGUACAAGAACCAAUCAAUAAACCAUUGAUCAAAGGUGUAAUACCAAUGAGCAUAAAUCAGAUCUAUAGAUAAUAAUUUCGUAUUCCAU